AUGGCGGCCCCGAACGUCCUCGUUAUCGGUGCGAACCGUGGCAUUGGUAUUCAAAUUGUCAAGGCCAUUAUGGAGCGCGGGUGGUCUGUCACCGGUACGACACAGCCUCAGGACCGAAUGCACUCAAGUGUGGAUGAUCUGAGACGAACUGGAGCCAGAAUUGCGGAGCUCGACUACCUCGAUGAAGACAACAUCAGGCGAGUCACACGGUUCUACGACCAGGAACCUUUGGAUAUCCUCGUCAACGUCGGAGGUAGGGCAUUUAAGACACAUUACCAGCCAUAUGGCUAUGAGAUACCUAAUUGUUCAUUUGCCAGAUCUUCCUCAUCACCCGAAGCAUUGGGUUCUUACCUUGCUAUCAAACAUUUCCUCCCUAAGCUCGAGCGUGCGGCAAAUCCCAAGAUCAUCAACAUAUCAUCGGGCCUUAGCUUCAUAUCAGGCAAUUCGUUCGGGACCUGCAUGGCAUACCGAGCUGCCAAGGCCGCGCUGUACCAGAUGUCUGUCACUAUGGCGAGAGAGUGGGAGAAGGAGGGCAGGAAAUCCAUUAUCGUGUGCGUGGACCUGAACUUGCAUUCGGCCAGUAUUCCAGCCUAUACUGGAGAGAAUGACGUGGAGCGUUGCAUCGCUUUCAUCGCUGGCGUCACGAAUUUUAUUGAUGGCAUCGGCCGUGAACACAGUGGUGCAAUCUUGAACUGGGUUGGAAGUAGAAUGCCUGUCUAG